AUGGUUCUCAACUACAGCUGUGAGCCGGAGCAGUGGGACAAACUGCUGGCUGUAAUAGGAGGGAUGUCAUCAACAGUGUCCACAACAGUCUCUUGGCUUCUGGGACUCUAUAAGUUCCCCCAGAUAAUUGUAUAUUGCAUGGACCAAAGCCCCGUUCUCGGCAAAAUCUGGGUCACCAUAUCCGACUGGGAUUUGAUAACCAAUGCCCUCAUCAGAAAUAACAUCUUUUUCCAAGGCUCCUUGUCAUUUUCAGUGCAUAGGCAGAUUCCAGGUUUCAGGGAUUUCGAAGGGACCCUGAACCCUAGGAAAUAUCCACAAGAUGUGUUUCUAUGGUCUAUCUGGCUGUGGGCCUUUGAUUGUCCACAUACACUUAGACGUGAUGCCCUGGGACUGUGUGAAGAAAACAGUACAUUGGAGAGUAGGUCCUUGGAGUUGUGGGACAUGAACCUAUCUUCCCAGAGUUACGAUGUAUACAGCGUUGUGUACGCCAUAGCUCACGCCCUCCACCAAGAGAUCUGGGUUGCGAAGGACAUGGAGACAUCGGGAGAUGGACCAAGUGGGGUCCCUCAUCCAUGGCAGGUAAUUCUCCGCUCUCUCCAUCUGCUAGGCCACACUGCUUCUUUGGUGACUUCAGUCGCAGAUGUCUCCCUCUGCUUCCAGCUCCUCUCAUCCCUGAGGAACACUGGGAUCCACACCGGUGCUGGUGAGCCUGUCCAUUGGGAUGACCACAGCUGGGCGACCAGUAGGUUUGACAUCCUGAACUAUCAGAUUUUACAGAACAGCAGCAAAGUCUAUGUCAAAGGGGGAGUGUUCAUGCCCCUGGCCCCAGCUGGCCAAGAUUUCAUCAUCAGUGAGGAGAGGAUAACGUGGAAUGGGCGAUUUUCUCAGAUAGUUAUAUGGUGCUUGUUUCUGUACUUUGUCCGGUGCUAUGAUCAGGCCAUAUUCUGA